AUGGCAGAAGGACAUGCAGAUUGGCCGGCGUUUAGGUUGAAUAAACCAAGGUUUGAUCAGAGUACCUUUAGUGGUAGAUUGAGACAUUUUUUAGAUAUAAUAGAUCCCUCAACUUUACUUACUUCAGAGAAAAAGUUAAAAGAAUCAUGUCAAUUAUUAAAUGAUUAUAAAAAAGGUCAGCUACCCCCUGGUACAAGAGAUGAAGAUUUAUGGAAGGCUCAGAAAAUUAAACAGGCUAUCAUACAUCCAGAUACUGGUGAAAAAAUAUUGAUGCCAUUUAGAAUGUCAGGUUAUGUUCCUUUCGGAUCUCCUAUGGUUGUUGGUUUAUUACUUCCGAAUCCAUCAAUAACUAGUGUUAUAUUCUGGCAAUGGUUAAAUCAGAGUCAUAAUGCCUGUGUUAAUUAUUCCAAUAGGAACGCAUCCAAGCCCACACCUAUCAACAGAUUCAUUAUGGGAUAUUUAGGUGCUGUCACUAGUGCCGUUGGUAUUGCACUAGGUUUGAAAAAUUUGAUAAAGAAAGCAAACAGAUUUAGUCCCGCUACAAAGUUAUUAAUUCAAAGAUUUGUCCCUUUUCCUGCUGUAGCCAGUGCUAGUGUGUGUAAUGUUGUAUUAAUGAGAAAUAAUGAGUUAUCAGAAGGAAUAGAUGUGACUGAUAAAGAUGGCAAAGUUGUAGGAACAAGUUUAAUAGCUGCUAAAAAGGCAUUAAUUGAAACAGCUAUCACUAGAUUGGUUCUCCCUGCACCAAUAUUAAUUUUACCACCAAUAAUAAUGUCUUAUAUUGAAAGGACAAAGUUUUUGAAGCGCUAUCCUAAAAUACAUUUACCUGUGAAUGCAUUUGUAUGUACAGCUGCUUUUGCAUUAGCAUUACCAGUUGCUAUAGCCUUGUUUCCACAGUAUUCUCAGAUAUCUACCAAGAAUUUAGAAAAGGAGUUUUUAAAUUUAACAAAUGAAGAUGUAUUAUAUUAUAAUAAGGGUCUAUAA